AUGACUGUCGCAGAUCGUUCAAGGCCUACAACGACGGCCACGACGCUAACGACCACCUCGAGCUCGGGCACCGACAUCGAGGCCGCGCCUGGGUCCCGCGCGCUCGACGGCCACUCGUCGCCCACGUCUGGCAGUAGCGAUCCCAACCAUGUCCUCGAUACCACGCGCAGCAACGAACUCUCCAUCCGCGACGAGAAGCAGCUCGGCGAGGUCGACGACGAUGCCUCGCAGCACAUGGAAAAGGAUCCCGACGCCGGCAUCACCUUUCCCGAGGGCGGCCUCCGGGCCUGGCUCAGCGUCCUGGGCGGCUUCUGGUGCACCUUCAUCACCUUUGGCUAUCUGAACAGCUUCGGCGUGUUUGAAGACUACUACCUCCAAUCCUUCCUCUCGGACAAGAGCUCGAGCCAGGUGGCGUGGAUCGGCGCGUUCCAGUACUUCCUCCUCUUUGCCAUGGGCGGCGUCUCGGGCAGGCUGUUCGACCUCGGAUUCUUCCGGCCCACGUUCACCUUUGGCUGCGUGCUGCUCGUCGUCUCGCAGAUGCUCCUCAGCCUCUGCACCGAGUACUACCAGUUCUUUCUCUGCCAGGGCGUCGGCCUCGGCCUCUCGUUCGGCAUCGUCUUCAACAUGGGCAUCAACUGCCCCGCCCACCACUUCCUCCAGCGCAGGGCCAUGGCCUUCGGCCUCAUCGCCACGGGCUCGUCGACGGGCGGCAUCAUCUUCCCCAUCAUGAUCCGCCGCCUGAUCCCGAUCGUCGGUUUCGGGUGGACGAUGCGCAUCGUCGGCUUCUUUGCCCUCUUUGCCGUCAUCUCGGCCUCGCUCUGCCUCAGCACGCGCCUGCCGCCGUCGAUCGACGUCUCUGACAAGUCCAAGGGCGGCUGGAAGCAGGUCAAGUGGGUCGACCUCGACGCCUUCCGCGUGCCCGCCUACUCGUGGUUCGUCUUUGCCUGCACCGUCGUCAUGCUCGGCCUCUACAUGCCCUUCACCUACAUGGACGUCUUCAGCCAGGUGCACAACGUCCCCGCCAGCGGCUACUACCUCUCGAUCCUCAACGCCUCGUCCAUGUUUGGCCGGGCGCUGCCGGGCCUCGUCGCCGACAAGGUGGGCCGCAUCAACGUGCUGCUGCCGCACAUUGCCAUCUCGGCCGUCCUCCUCAUCUUCUUCCCGCUCUGCGUCAACGUCGGCGGGCUGGUGGCCUUCGCCGUCAUCUUUGGCUUCACCUCGGGCUGCUACGUCUCCCUCAUCCCGGCAUGCUGCGCCCAGCUGGGCUCGACGGCCACCGUGGGCACCCGCAACGGGAUGAUGUUCAUGGUGGGCUCGCUCGGCGGCCUCUUUGGCACGCCCAUCAGCGGAGCCAUCCUCGGCGACGCGCCCGACUACGACUGGUGGGGUACGGCGGCCUUUUCCUUUGCCACGGUCCUCGUCGGCUCGUUUGCCAUUGCCACCAGCCGCUACUUUGCGCUCAACAAGCAGCUCCGCGGCAAGAUCUAG